AAAUGGGGUCGUUGCAAAGGCAGACAAGUCCUGAAUCCGAUAAUGAUCCGAGGUACGCGUCGGUGACGGAUGAGAGGAAGAGGAAGAGGAUGAUCUCUAACAGAGAAUCAGCUCGCAGAUCAAGGAUGAGGAAACAGAAGCAGCUUGGUGAUCUCAUCAACGAAGUCACUGUUUUGAAGAACGACAACGCUAAAAUCGCCGAGCAGGUUGACGAAGCUUCUAAGAAGUACGUUGAUAUGGAGUCUAAGAACAAUGUCUUGAGAGCUCAGGCUUUGGAGUUGACGGACAGGUUGAGAUCUUUGAACUCUGUCCUUGAGAUGGUUGAAGAGAUUAGUGGUCAGGCUUUGGAUAUUCCUGAGAUUCCUGAAUCUAUGACGAACCCUUGGCAGUUGCCUUGUCCUAUGCAACCCAUCAGGUCUUCUGCUGAUAUGUUUGAUUGAUUGCUGAGGAUGGAGUCUUUGUUCUUCUUGUUGGUUUUUCUUUUCUUGUGAUGAUGGUUCGAGUUUUGUAACAAUUAGUGUGUGUCAUUUGGUGAAUGAGUCUUGUGUUGUGGAGAUCCCUCAACACAAUUAAGUACUUUAUGUCUCUUUGUUUCUGCAGUUUCAAUUUGUUUGGUUUUUGUAGCCAUAGUCCUCUAGUCAUGUGUCGUCUUGUCAUGUAAUUGGUGGCUAAUGUGUUUCUUAUUGAAUUCAAGCUUUACUUA